GGCUGCGAGCUGGGCCGCCCGCUGUUGUGGCCGCUGCUCUGGCCGAGCCUGGGCGGCUGUGGACGCUGCACCCUGGUGGAGGGGGCCGUGGACCUGCUGCGCGAGCUGAAGGCCAUGCCCGUCACGCUGGCCCUGCUGCAGUCCACCCGGGUCGGCGUGUCGGUCAACGCCCUUCGGAAGCAGAGCUCGGACGAGGAGGUCAUCGCACUGGCCAAGUCGCUCAUCAAGUCCUGGAAGAAGCUGCUGGACGCGUCUGACGCCAAAGCCCGGGAUCAGAGGGGCGCGCCGCCCCCCACCUGCUCUUCCAAGGAGGCGCCUGCGACCAAGGCACCCAGGUACUUCCAGCGGAGCCCCCGGGCCGCAGCCUGGCCCGGGCCGCGGGCAGGGGGCGGCGCGGACCCUGCAGCCAGCGGGACCUUAAGUGCCACACGCAUCUUCCGGGACGUGGGGGCCACGGACAUGAAGUACAAGAACCGCGUGCGCAGCCGCAUCGCCAACCUGAGAGACGCCAAGAACCCCGCCCUGCGGCGCAACGUGCUGCGUGGCGUCAUCACGCCGCAGGAGAUCGCCGUGAUGACGUCGGAGGAGAUGGCCAGCGACGAGCUGAAGGAGAUCCGCAAGGCCCUGACCAGGGAGGCCAUUCGCGAGCACCAGAUGGCGCGCGCAGGCGGCGCGCACAGCGACCUGCUGGCCUGCGGCAGGUGCCGCCAGAAGGACUGCACCUGCACGCAGGUGCAGACGCGCAGCUCCGACGAGCCCGCGACCACCCUCGUGGUCUGCACCGAGUGUGGGGACCGCUGGAAGUUCUGCUGAGCCCGCGGCCGGCGCGAGGCCACUUCGCCCCCGCCAGCGGCAGCUCCCCGGAGGGCUGCCCUGCGCCCGCGGCCCGGCCGUGCGCCCUGACGCUCUUGUAGCCCAGUGAUUAAACGUUUUCUUUUGUCUCG